AUGGCAACUGGGACAAAAACAGAUGGGCUAAUGAGACAGCAACAUGCCUGGACCAGAGAUCACCGAGCUGAUCGCUAUUUGGACACUGACGGAAACGGCACCAUUGACAUCCCAGAGUUUUUGACUAUGAUGGCUAGAAAAAUGAAAGACACAGACAGUGAAGAGGAAAUUCGUGAAGCAUUCCGAGUGUUUGACAAGGAUGGUAAUGGCUACAUCAGCACUGCAGAGCUCCAUCACAUCAUGACAAACUUAGGAGAAAAACUAACAGACGAGGAAGUAGAUGAAAUGAUCAGAGAAGCAGAUAUUGACGGGGAUGGACAAGUCAACUAUGAAGAAUUCGUACAGAUGAUGACUGCAAAAUGAAGACCCACUUUCAACUUCUUUAU